AGAAGAAACUUGGCUCAGCUCUCCAAAUGGCCUCUCUCGCAGUCAGCCCGAUGGCGCAGCAGUCCGUGUUCACCAUCGACAGCAUCCUGGGACUGGACAGACCUGAUCAGAGAACCGUCCUUUUAGCACCUUACCGACCGUGGACAGACUUAAAGCCAACAUGCCAGAAGCGUCGGAUUGUUGCAGACAGUGAUGGUUCGGUGGACGUGAGGGUGAAUGAAGAUAAAUCGCACAGUAAAGCACCAGCGGACUCGUACAGAAGAACACUGAACUGGUACAUCGGGCGCAGGCCGCGCACAGCUUUCUCCAGUGUGCAGAUCAAGAUCUUAGAGAGUGUGUUUCAAGUGAACUCCUACCCGGGUAUCGAUAUACGUGAAGAACUUGCCAAGAAACUACACCUUGAUGAAGACAGAAUUCAGAUUUGGUUCCAGAACAGGAGAGCAAAGCUGAAGCGCUCACACAGAGAAUCCCAAUUUCUGAUGGUGAAAAAUGUCAUCAGUGAUUUACAAAUCAGCAGAGACUAACACUGAUUGCAAAAUCACAUUUACUGUCAUUAUUAUUCUGUUGUGAGAUGACUUCUUCAGGAUUGACUGGCACACAAAAGAGAGUUUCUCUCCAGUGACUUGCAUCUGAAUCAGAAUUAGAGACUUUCUACUUUCCAACUGCAACAUUUUGAAAUGUAUUCACAGUUUCUAAUCACACCUUUCACAUCUUUAUUUUGAAGAAUAGCUCAUUUGAACUAUAACGUGAUAACUUCAAUUUCAAAUGUGUAAAUAUAUAUUUGUACAGUUUUUUUAAUGUGAUUAUAAAAUUAUAAUUAUAUUAUAGCUUAUUAUAAUGAAUAUCAUUUUAAAUUAAAUAUACACCAAGUAUUUAUAAA